AUGGCGUUUCCCUACAGCCGGAUUCCUGGUCUCUUCGUGAGACAGGAGACCUCGAUCACAAAUGCCACAACUCCUGCCACAACUGCGCCCGCAGCCACCACCCCGCAAACGACCGCUGCGGCUACAACUCAACCCGCAGAAACGACUCAGGUUCCUCCCACUACCCUAAUCACCACGACGCAAGCACCGCCUGCGACGCCGACCACCGCCCAACAGCAGCCGACGACCACUACGCAACAGGCUGCUCCGACGACGACCACGACGCAGCAAACCCAAGCUCCGUCCUCGCAAACCCCGGAAACCACAGAGCGAUCUGUCGUGGCUACCACUGUUGUCGUGACUCCGACUGUGCCUGGAGGUCCGACGAGUACUAUCAUCAUCACACAAACUCAGGCCGUUGACCCGUCCCGGACCGCCGGCAGUUCAUCCGCCUCCGCCUCCGCAACCUCGACGAACGGCGCCUCCGGAUCCGGCAGCGACUCAAACGGCGGCCUCACCGAUGGAGGCAAGAUUGCGGUGGCCGUAGUCGUUCCGAUUGCGGCUGUUGCCCUCCUAAUCCUGGCGGGUAUCUACUUCUGGAGGAAGAGGAAGCAGCGCAAGCAUGCCGAGGAGGAGCGUCGCAAGGAAGUCGAGGACUACGCCUACAACCCCAACGCUGACCCGACCAUUCCCUCUUUGAACGAUGGUGGCUCUUACGAAAUGAAGGAGGACGGCUCUUCUGGAUACCGUGGAUGGGGUACCACUACCCUGGCCGGAUCGACCGGGCGCAAGGCGUCCACGACAAUGUCUGGAGGCAACACAGGUGCGGCUCACUCGGACGGAACAUCACCAACCCACGGAACUGACACUCGCUCAGGAGAGCCUCUGAUCAACGAUGGCUCAUACUCCCCCGACGGCGAGAUCCUUGGCGCCAUGGGCCCUUCGGCCGCUAUGAACCGUGGAGUCGGCGUUCACCGUGGACCUUCCAACGCAUCGUCUUCCUACAGUGCUGGUAAUCACUCCGACACGUCUGAUGGAGGCAUCGGCAUGGCCUACACCGGCGGCAACGCCUAUUACGAUCAAUACGGUAACAACCCAUACUCAGAUACCCCGUACGGCGAUCAACGACCCACCGAGCUUCCCGGCCAACCCGUAAUCCGUGACAACCCGGCUCGUCGUAACACUCGGAUCGAGAACCCCUCCCACUACCCACAACAGCAAAACGCAGGCAUUUCGCAGAACUUUUAG